AUGACAUUCAUUUCACGCAGAACGUUCGUUUCGGCCACGCUCGCCGCGGGGCUCGCGCUCGGCUCGGCGAGCGGCGUGUUUGCGCAGGAAGCGCGCAAUUACAUCCUGGCGACCGCAUCGACCGGCGGCACCUAUUAUCCGGUCGGCGUCGCCAUCUCGACGCUCACCAAGGUGCGGCUCGAGCCCAAGGAAAAGAUCGGCAUGAGCGCCAUCUCCUCGGCCGGCUCGGGCGAGAAUGUCCGGCUUAUCCGCGAGGGCGAGGCGCAGUUUGCGAUCCUUCAGGGCCUGUUCGGCUAUUACGCGGCGACCGGCACCGGCCCGGUCGAAGCGGACGGUCCGCAGGAGCAUCUGCGCUCGGUCUCCAUGCUGUGGCAGAAUGUCGAGCACUUCAUCAUCGCCUCGGACCGCGUCGAAAGCGGAACCGUAUCCGACGUACUGGCGCUCAAGGGCGAGGCGAUGGCGAUGGGCCGGCAGAAUUCCGGCACGAUCGGCUCCAACCGCACCAUCCUGUCGGGCUUCGGCGUCGACAUGGACAAUGAGUAUGAACUGGUUUUCGGCGGCUACGGCCCCAGCGCGGAAGCCGUCCAGAACGGACAGGCCGUCGGCAUGUCGACGCCCGCCGGCGUGCCCGUCGGCGCGGUCACGCAGCUCUUUUCGGCCGCCGGCGACCGGGUGACGCUCCUGUCGUUCACGCCCGAGGAAAUCGAAAUGGCCGAUGGCGGCCGCGGCCUGUGGACCGAAUAUGUCAUCCCCGCCGGCACCUAUCCGGGCGUCGAUGAGGACGUGACGACCAUCGCGCAGCCCAACUUCCUAGCGACCCAUGCCGACAUCCCCGAGGAGGAUGUCUACCAGAUCACCAAGACCAUGUAUGAGAACCUGCCCUUCCUGCAGGCGAUCCACCCGGCGACCAAGGCGAUGGCGCUGGAGCGGGCGAUUGCCGGCCUGCCGGUGCCGCUGCAUCCCGGCGCGGCCCGCUACUAUCAGGAACAGGGUCUGGAAAUCCCCGACAAUCUGAUGGCGCACCCCUCGCUGUUCGACCGGCGCGGGCUUUCGCUCGCCGCGCUGAUCGUCGGCGUCACCAUCUCGCUCGCCCAUAUCUGGAUGAACUCGUUCGGCAACGUGUCGACCAUCCACCAGAACGGCUUUCACUUCGCCGGUUUCGUGCUUUUGUGCGUGCUGGUCACGCCGCUGGUGAAGAAGGGCUGGGCCGAGCGCCCGCUGUUCCGCGCCUUCGACAUCGCCUUCGGCGCCAUGGUCGCCUUUGCCGCGCUUUGGGUCGUCAACGCCGAAAGCGCCAUCUACGACCGCGGCGUGCGCCUGAUCUGGUCGGACUGGCUGGCCGGGAGCCUGUGCAUCAUCGGCGUCCUCGAAUUCACACGCCGCACGACCGGCUGGAUCAUCCCCUUCCUGAUCGUCGCCUCGCUCACCUACAUCGUCUGGUGGGGGCAAUAUGUGCCCGGCGUCUUCCGCUUCGGCGGCCUGUCGCCCGAAACGAUCAUGUUCCGCGCCAUGUAUGGCGACGACGCCAUGUUCGGCACGAUCGCCCGCAUCUCGUCGACCUUCGUCUUCAUGUUCAUCCUGUUCGGCGCGUUCCUUCUGAAAUCCGGCGCCGGCGAUUUCAUCGUGGAUGUCUCACGCGUUGUCGCCGGGCGGUUCAUCGGCGGGCCGGGCUUCGUCGCUGUGAUGGCUUCGGGGCUGACCGGCACGAUCUCCGGCUCGGCCGUCGCCAACACCGCAUCCACCGGCGUGAUCACCAUCCCGCUGAUGAAGCGGGCGGGCUUCCCGAAACACUUUGCCGGCGGCGUCGAGGCCGCCUCGUCCACCGGCGGGCAACUGAUGCCGCCCAUCAUGGGCGCCGGCGCCUUCGUCAUGGCGUCGUUUACGCAGAUUCCCUACACCACCAUCGUCACCGUCUCGAUCCUGCCGGCGAUCCUCUAUUUCGCGACCGUGGGCUUUUUCGUGCGCAUCGAGGCCAAGCGUUCCAAUGCGACGGCCUUGGCCGAAGAGGACGGGCCGGGCUUCUGGGAAGUGUUCCGCCGCGGCGGGCCGCCCUUCAUCCUGCCGGUCGGCCUUCUGAUCGGGCUUCUGGUCUAUGGCUACACGCCCACCUAUGCGGCCGGCUUUGCGAUCCUGACCUGCAUCGCCGCCUCCUGGCUGACGCCGAACCGCAUGGGCCCGGUGAAGAUCAUCGAGGCGCUGGAACUGGGCGCGCGGAACAUGAUCAUGACGGGCAUCCUGCUGUGCGGCGUCGGGCUGAUCGUCAACGUCAUCACCACGGCGGGCAUCGGCAACACCUUCUCGCUGAUGAUCGCGCAAUGGUCGGACGGCUCGAUGCUGAUCGCUCUGGCGCUGGUGGCGCUCGCCUCGCUCGUGCUCGGCAUGGGUCUGCCGGUCACCGCCGCCUACAUCGUCCUUGGAACAUUGUCGGCACCGGCACUCAACCAGCUCAUUCUGGAAGGCCAGACGGUCGAACUGAUCGCCGCCGGCCAAUUGCCCGAAACGGCGAAGGCCAUGUUCAUGAUUGCCGUGCCCGACCAGAUCGCCGCGCUCGCGGCGCCCAUGUCGAUGGCCGAGGCGCGCGCCAUCGUCGAUGCCCUGCCGCCCGAACUGAUGCUGCAGGUCUACGAUCUGGCGUUCGAUCCGGCGGCGCUGACAUUGGCGCUUCUGUCGGCGCACAUGAUCAUCUUCUGGCUGAGCCAGGAUUCAAACGUCACCCCGCCCGUGUGCCUCGCCGCCUUCACCGCCGCGGCGAUCGCCGAGUCGCCGCCCAUGAAGACAGGCGUCGCCGCCUGGAAGGUGGCCAAGGGGCUCUAUUUCGUGCCGCUCCUGUUCGCCUAUACGCCCUUCCUGUCGGGCAACUGGCCGGAAAUGCUGGAGAUUUUCGCCUUCGCCCUGCCCGGCCUCUGGGCUGUUUCCGCCGCCAUUCAGGGCCAUUGGGAAAACCGGCUCCAUCCGAUCGAGCGCGUUCUCGUCCUUGCUGUCGGCGCAACGCUGAUGUGGCCCAUCGGCGGGCUGGUGCAUCUGGUCGCGCUUGCGGCGUUUGUGGGGCUGUUCUGGUGGAAUGUCAGGAAGGGGCGGACGGCGGCGGCAUGA